AGUCAAUGUUUUUUGUACUGAAACAUAGGCCCUAACUUGUCCCUGUUACGUACGCGCUGUUCUCUUGAAUCAGAAUGAAAAUUUGCAGUCAAUCGUUCAGAUUCGGAGUUCAGGUGAAUAUCUUCGAUUAAAUAAGUUUUUGUACUUAGAAAGCUACUGUCAUAUUAGAAAUUAAAUUAUUUGUAGUUAAUGUAUCUGAGAAUGUAGGUAACGGGACCAUUUUUGGUAGUAAGGACGUAAUAUUUCAGAAAAAUCGCCAUAAAAACUUUAACGUCCAUAACGACUCACUCGUUUUGUUGUUAUCGUCCAUAUUGCCAUAAAUUGACCUGAUAGUCGCAAUUAGGUCUCAAAUUGUCGUAAAUAUUAAUUUGUCAGUGUUGGCGAAGCGAACAAGAUAUUGGACACGAAAUUGAGUACAGAUGGGUUGACACAUAGAAAUAACUGCUAAUGAUCAUAUCAUCACCCGUAUGUCGGUUACAAAAUGGAUGGACUUCGUACAUAUUUUACGACAUGACAUGACCUCCGCUUCAUUCAACCCGACUACUGUUGAGACCUUGAGUUGUAUACGGACUUGCAGUUAAACUUAAUUGGACACUACACCGUUACGCGAUACCGCAAUUAUUUUGCAUAAUUAAUUUACAAAAAAAAAAAGCCUUGUUAUACCACACUGACUUACGUUAGUCGUUACAUCACAAACACAAUUUUUUUAAGUUCUGGAAGAAUGAAUUGACAAAGUUACAGGAGCGACAUGCGUUACUUGAAAAACAUUUAUCUGAAGUUGAAAUAAAAUAUCAGUUAGCUUUAGCUGGUCAAGGGGAAGAUAAUCAUACUGAACAUAGCAAUAGAUUAUUUAAAACCGUUGCUGGGUUGUAUGGCAAAUUACUGUACAGAUGAUGAGAGAUCGAUCCGUGGCCAUAAAUUAAUUUUAUCUACCUGGUUUGAUAAAUGGUGUGGAAGUAAUCUCAAUGAUGUAGAUAUAAUAGAUCUUUCAGAUUUAGAUUACAGUACAGCAGUAACGAUGAUCAAAUGGAUUUAUACAGAUAUAUUUGAAACAAAAGAUGUCGAUGUUUAUUUUCUAGAAGAACUUUUAAAAGCUACUGUGAAAUAUAAACUUGACAAUCUUAAUGAAAGGUGUCAGAAGGCGUUGGUUGAUUUUAUUGAUCGAACAAACUGUAGACGAUUUUAUCAAACAGCCGACGAAAUAUCUGCUUCAAUUAUAAAAAAUCAUUGUUCAAAAUUUCUUUCACAAACAGAACUAAAGGGUCAAGAAGACGAGGAAAUCACCAAUGAUGUAAUACCUACCACCAUUAGUGACGACCUGAUGGUUUUUGAUGAAAAUAUCAUCCCGUAUAAAUGUCAUCUAUGUACCAAGAGAUUCGACGAGGAGAAGAAGCUAAAUUUUCACAUAGACUGGCACACUCGGAAAAAACCUUACUCAUGUAAAUACUGCGACAAAAGUUUCAAUAGGCCGAUUGGAUUAAAGGAGCACACCCGAUCCCAUACGGGUGAAAAACCGUUUCAGUGUGAUGUUUGCGAUAGAUCAUUUAGCGUUAACUCUAGUUUGAAAAGUCAUAAACGCAUACAUGACAAGAUUAUAUAUUAUUCCUGUGAUACAUGUGGUAAGGGUUUUAAAACGAACGGGGCUUUAAGGUCCCAUGUGAUGAAUAAGCAUACGGGUGUUCGUCCGUAUAGGUGUAAAUUAUGCGACAAAGGCUACACUCAGAAAGGUAAUUUGAAAAAACAUAUAUAUAUGAUGCACACUGGUGAUAAAACAUUACCGAAGAAAAAAGUUUUAUAUGAAUGUGAAGUAUGCAAAAAAAAACUGUGUAGUAAAAGUGGAUUAAAAUGUCACAUGCGUACACAUACUGGGGAAAGGCCUUAUCCGUGUCAGCUGUGUGACAAGGCCUUCAGGCUAGGUACAACUCUUAAAAAACAUUACAAGUCUCACGAACGGUUAGCUCGAAUAGCUGAAAAGGAAGCUGAAAAGGUAAAAAAGAGGCUAAAAAGGCAAGCUAAAAAGGAGGCUAAAAUUAAAAGGGAGGCUAAAAUGAAAGAGGCAGCUAGAAUCAAAGAGGCUAGAAUUGAGGAGGCUUAAAUUAAAGAGGCUAAAAUUGAGGAGGCUAAAAUUAAAGAGACCAAAAUUAAAAAGGAGGCUGAAAUUAAAAAGGAAACCUAAAAAGAAAAGUAAAACCUUGUGACAUGACUUUAUAUAUGAGCAAGCUACAAGAUACCGUUUUGAAACAUAGUGUGUAAUACAAAUACACUUUCAA